AUGGUUGGGUCAGUCAAGACUGAGUCUGCUGGGGAGUCGACGUCGCUUAGGAUCGCUCGUUUACAAGCUCAGCAGGAUGUGGUCGAGCGUGCGCUUCAACGUGCUGCAGAGCUGAAGACAAUCGCAGCUCGUAAGUUGGCCGAUAGACGAGCGGAGCGCACGCGUCGACAAUCAAGUUCACCAGCACAGGUUAACCCGCGUGAGCAGCCCAAUAUUUCUGGUGGGAACAACGAACUCUGCGCGCCUCGAGUACCGCCGGCGGCUAAUCGUGUCAAGCUGUCGCUGCUUACCGCGGGCGGUAAUGCAGUCAUUCGCACGGAGGCCGCUGCAGCACCACAUAAAGCACUUGGGCGGCCAAAUUGGCCUGCACACGCGUAUCUCGGCAUAGCGAGAAGCAUGCUUCGAUGCUGGGAGGCUUGUGAAGGUUGUGAAGCAACGCGGAUGUCUGGCUUCUGGAAGUCGGAUCCUGAAGAGUGGGAUCACCUGGCGCUUGGCAUCAUCAUGCGACAUUCGCUUUCGCUCGACUACCAUAAGGUUCUCGGCAGAUCCAAGCCGCCCCAAAAAGCGUGGAUGAGAUCUUCCAGCAAUGGAACAAGCGCUGCUGGCUUAAAACCCUCAGUGAACGACUACAAUAUCGACGGACCCGCUGUAAGUCUUCCAGCUCCUGAAGCAGGUCUGCCGGGAGACCUGUCCUGUCUCAGGUUCAGCUACCGCCACAGACUUGCAGAUCCUGCGCUAAUCUUUGCCGCUGCUAGUACAGACUGCAGCCUCCAGUGCAAGAUGGACUCAAUCGCCCCUCGCAGUCUUGGCGGCUAUGGAUCUCCCCAUGCAGCAACCAGCAUCUGA